AUGUAUUGGUUCCUAUCGUUUACAAAGAUUCUGGUCACCCCCCUCGGGCGGCGGCGCCGGGGACCCCGCGGGCUUCGCGGAGGCCCUGCUCUUCGGGUAUUUACGGCCGCGGCCGCCCGCUCGGGCUCAAGUCUGCGCUUUCAGGUUCAGUUUCAGGGUCUCGCCGGCAGCCCCGGCCGGCGCGCGCGGAGCGGGCAGCGGGGCCCGGACAGCAGGGUCCUCUGGGGGCCCCGGAGUUGGGAGGCGGCGUCCGGGAGCCCCCGGAGGAGGAUGGGCUGCGGACACAGCAGGCUGAGCUGCUGCAAACCCCCCAAAAAGAGGCGCCAAGAAUGGGAUCAGCGACCCAAAGCAGAACCACAGGAACUAGGUCCCCUCAAUGGAGACACUGCCACAACUGUCCAGCUCUGUGCGUCUGAGGAGGCUGAGCAGCACCAGAAGGAUAUAACCAGAAUUCUCCAGCGACAUGAAGAGGACAGGAAGAAAUGGGCACAACAGGUGGAGAAAGAGAGGGAGCUAGAGCUUCGAGAGAAACUGGGGGAGCAGCGAAGAGUCCUGGAGGGAGAACAUGAGGAGACCCUGCAAGUCCUCCGGGCCUCAUAUGAGCAGGAGAAAGAAGCCCUUACCCACUCCUUCCAGGAGGCCAAGGCGGCCCUGCAGGAGACCAUUGAUGGACUGACCUCCCAGCUGGAGGCCUUCCAGGCCAAGAUGAAGAAAGUAGAGGAGUCCAUUCUGAGCCGAGACUAUAAGAAGCACAUCCAGGAUUACGGGAGCCCUAGCCAGUUCUGGGAGCAGGAGCUGGAGAGCUUGCACUUUGUCAUCGAGAUGAAGAAUGAGCGUAUUCAUGAGCUAGACAAGCGGCUGAUCCUCAUGGAAACAGUGAAAGAAAAAAACCUGAUGUUGGAGGAGAAAAUCACCACCCUGCAACAGGAGAAUGAGGACCUCCACGUCCGAGGCCGCAACCAGAUGGUUGUGUCGAGGCAGCUCUCGGAGGACCUGCUUCUCGCCCGCGAGGCCAUGGAGAAGGAGGCACAGUUACGGCAACAGCUCCAGCAGGAGAAGGAGGAGCUGCUGUACCGGGUCCUCGGGGCCGAGGCCUCCCCCACCUUCCCUCUGGCCUCUGUCACCCCCACAGAGGUCUCCUUCCUGGCCACAUAGGCUCCAGGUCUGGGCCCCCUAUGAUGCCUGUGGUCGAGCUCCCCGUCAAGGACUUUCCAGAGAAGACAGCAGGAGCCUCCCCUUUUCCCAGGAGGGGACGAGGGUGGGAGUGAGAUGGGGAGCCAAGGCGUGUGCCCAGUGAGCCCUGGGGGCUUGGGCCGCGUAGAAUCACCCAUGGGGCUUUGGAGGCCCCCAGAAGCGCCUUCCCUUGAGUUGGCCCAGGGAACAAGCAAGAGGAGACCUUUCCUCCCUCCCCCUUCUGUCUGUCCAGUUGGGGAAGUUGUGAAGCUUUUCCCAGGGGCAGCCUGUGCCACUUUGGCCAUCUGACACAGAGGGGACAACCCCCUGGUCCUAACUUGUCAGCUGUGCUGCCAACUCAUCAGCUGCUCAUCAACUUCCCCCAGAUGUUCCCACUUCUGCCCUGGCCUUCUCUCUGCCUCAGUUUAUUGCUCCUCUAAAAUGGUUGGGGGAACUGAAGAAAUGACUCUUGGUCACUACAGUGCCCCAUUCUAGGAUUGUCUGAAAGUCAGACUAGGGGCUAGAGACAGGGGAGGAAGUGGGCCAAACCCUGUGAAUCAAACUGGGAAAAGUAAGGGGGUCACUGGAGGCCCUUGAAGCUGGCAGUGCCAGGGAGCCAACCCAGCCAAGGCAGAAGCUGGGCAGGCCAUCGGGCAUGCCCCUGCUCCCGGUCCCAGAGUCUGGUCAGCCCAGGGGUGAUGGCCAGAGCUGCUCCUCCUGGACCAGGCAACGCUCACUCUCCAGCUCUCCUGGACCCUCAAUCUCAGUGCCGCCUAGUGGGUCUGAGUACACACACCAGCGAGAGCAGGAUCCUCAUCCCUGUACAGAUGAGGAAACCGAGGUGGGAAGCAUG